AAAGUUCCUUUUAUUGGCACAAAAUAACAGUUAACUUGUCAGCGCCGCGAUGCGCACGCUGUCGACAAGGGAGUCUAGACUUCCGCGAAUCGAAGCGCAGUGAGUGGUAGAGUGUGAGGACACACGUUAUUAUUUAACACUGCACGGCUGUGUCGUUACUUUACAGUUUACACUGUUUCUUUCUCAUCAGACAUACGAGUAUUCAGUUGAUGCUUGGAUAGUUGAAAUACCAAUAUAUCGACAAAAAUAUAAAAAAUUUCUAUAUCGUCAACCUGUAACUUACCGUCUCCGCAAAUAGGCUCAACCGCACAACACCAACACCGUAACUGCUUGCAUUACCCGUCAUAUCGAAAGCGUAAUGAAGUUCACCGCAAUAUCUCUCGGAUUCUGGCUAGCAAGUUUCCUAUGUGUCGUUAAAUUGACAGAAGGUGCGAGAAUCUUGGCGAUGGUUGCAGCGCCCUCCUACAGUCACCAAAUAGCGUUUCAAUCGCUAUGGGCCGCUCUUAGCCAACGAGGACACCAAGUCGUUGUUUUCACGACGGAUCCGAUCGGCGACCCCAGCUUGACGAAUUUGACGGAGAUCGACUUUCGACAUACAUACGAUAUACUCAGGAAGAUAGAUUAUGCUAAACUAAGAUACAGCCAUAAUUGGCUGAGCAUAAUGCAGGAUUAUUUACAGGAUAAUUUUGAGGCAAUAGUAGAGGAAAUAUUUAAGCAUCCGGAAGUACGUAAACUGUAUGCACCGAACAGCGGUGAAAAGUUCGACGUAGUACUUGCUGAAGUAGUAACAGCACAUGGCCUCUACGCCUUGGCGCACAGAUUUAAUGCUCCUCUAAUUGGUAUAUCAUCGUUACCGUUGCAGAAUAACCAUUAUUAUCAUCUCGGUUCGCCCAUUUUACCAUCGCAUCCUUCGACUUGGGAAAUGCAGGAAGUUACCGGUUUUAAUCUAUCAUUGUGGCACAGGAUAAAGAAUUUUAUUCGACUGUGGCGACAUAUACAUUACGUACUUAACCAUUAUAUGCAGCGACAGCAAGCAAUAGCGGAAAAAUACUUGGGCAAAGGUAUACCUAAUGUAAAUGAAAUGGAAAAGAAUAUGAGUAUUAUGUUGGUCAAUCAACAGGAGAUUACCAUGUUCGUCAGACCACUACCACCGAAUCUGAUACAAUUCGGAGGUUUACAUAUAAUGAAGAAUCCCGCACCAUUGCCAAACGAUUUGCAACAAUUUCUGGACGACGCGCCGAAUGGAUUCAUCUAUGUGAGUCUAGGCACAAACGUAAAAAUGACGUCCUUUCCGUCAUAUGUGCUACGUGUAUUCUACGAAGUGUUUGCAAGUUUGCCGUAUAAAAUAGUGUGGAAAUUUAAUUUACAAUUGCCAGACAAAUUUGACAAUAUUUUCACCGCUACGUGGCUCCCUCAACAGAGCAUUCUCGCUCAUCCGAACAUUAAACUGUUCGUGUAUCAAGGCGGAAUUCAAAGUACGCAAGAGGCUGUUCAUUACGCAGUGCCACUUUUUGGAAUACCAGUGUUCGCCGAUCAGUAUAGUCAGAUAAAUAAAAUGGUAUCUCUUGGCGUCGCAAAAAGUCUGGAUAUUACUAAUUUUUCGGUAAAGAAACUGAACACAUCUAUAAUGGAUAUUUUAACAGAUAAAAGAUAUAAAGAGAGAAUGCUCAAAGUUAAGGCAUUGAACGAUGAUAAGCCUUAUGAUAUGCUGAAGCACGUAAUUUGGUGGAUCGAGUAUGUGAUUCGUCACAGGGAUGUUUCUCAUCUUCACACCAGUAUCAAACAUGAUCCUUGGUACGAGAGGUACGACGUGGACGUUAUAGCAGUCUUAUCGAUCGUUACAUUUGUAAUAUUAAUGUGCGCGUUGAUGAUUAUGUAUAAAAUGCUAAAAAUAACGAUUAAAUAUUUUUACUCGAGAAAGACAAUUAAUAUUAAGGAAAAAACUACUUAACGUUAACAUAGCACAAUUAAUCACAAUUAUGCGCGAAUGCGUUGGACAUUUCAAUAUAACUUCAACAUAAGUCUCGCUUUUAAUCUCUUCUUUUCUUUAGAAGUUUGUAUGAAUUUUUCGUCCCUCUUAUUAUUUCCGUGUUUCUCCUAUAUUUUCAUUUUUGAUAUAUCUUAUUCAUAUGUGAGAAAGUUAGUUAAUUUUUAUACAACGAAAGUACAUCUAGUUAAACAGGCGUGAGCGAUUGAUCUCAUUCUCCCUCUUUUCUUGCGUAAAAGAAAGUACAAUGCGUGACGCAAUUGUUUGGUCUAAUUGGACAACUUUGUUGUAAAUUAUUACGUUAGAUUUAAACUGGCUCGGAAAACGCUGUCGUUCGGUGCAGACAUUGUUAUUAUUAUCUAAUUUCCUUGUGGUACCUCGAAGCACAUAUUUAAUGUUUUUAAAUCUAGCUGAGCAAAUGUAACGUUUACAAGCAUGAAUAUUCAAAGUUACCGCUUAUAAGUUGUGCGUAUAAUGAAUGUAUUUACGUCGUGGUAAAUAAGAUGCAUAUUAUACUUGCAAUCGCGGCGACUGCUGUUACUGAUGGUCAUUAUCAGAAAUAAUCGAGACAAAACGUGAUGUUCAAAAUUCAAAGCGGGCCAUAUGUCUGACGAAAAUAUCAAGCGAAUCAAGUGUAAUACUACGAAAACGGGUAAAUAAAUACAUUAUUUUAUAAGCUAUCGCUAUUAUUGUAACGAUAUUUUAUCAUUCAUUAACCUGUCUAAAAUAUUUAAGAGAUCUUUAUAUGUAACAAUGAAUAAACUGUCGACAAAAUAAUGCUUAA